AAAACAAUGGUUAAAAAAGAGAUCUUUUUGGGGAGUGGCGCCACGAAAGAGCCGAGGCUAAGUCAGGCCAUUGCCAGCACCAACCAAAGCGGCCCGCCGGAAUCUGACCCCUUUGCCGAGUACAUGUGGAUGGAGCACGAAGAGGAGUUCAACAGGCAGGUGGUGGAGCAGCUGUGGGAGGAGGACUUCGUAGAGUACUGCUUCCAGGAGAUGUUGGACGAGGAAGAGGAGGCAGAGUUGUUCAUCCCAGCCAGAGAACUGCCGGACGCUCGCGGUCAGAGGGCAGACGGUGAGGCGAGCAUCCUGAACCCAAAUGCCAAGGAGUUCUCGGCGGGCAUUCGGAAACACAUCCCGUGACCGCACACCGUCCCGUCAUGCGCAAGACGCACGCGGGCCAAUGUGAACAUGCGUUCGAUUGGCCACCGCACCGCUGGUAUGUUAGUUGCAUUGCCCUAUGCCAGUGGUUCUUAACCGGGGGCGCGUGCGAGGAUAACCCGGGGGAAAUUUACAAUUUUUCGGGGAUAGUGGUGGGGUAACCGAAAAAAGUGACCAAUUCAAGAAGUCAUUGUGUUAAUUGGCAUUCGGGAGAAUGCUAAUUAAGCCUUACUUUAUAGCUGUAAAGUAGACCGCUUAUUAUGAUACUAAUUAGUUAGGGUUAGGUAGGGUCAGGGGUGCGAGCACUGGUUGGUGAAUUGAAUGGGGUGCGAACAAGGAAAAAGGUUAAGAGCCACUGCCCUAUGCCGUCCGUCCGUCUGCUUGCUUGCGGUUUAAGGUAGGUGCUGUGCUACCCGCAAUGCUUUGCGGAUGCACAAAACUACUUUAGAG